ACGUCAGCAGAGGAGUCUAGACAUUACUGUGUUCCAUCUGUAUUCAAUCGCAGAACUUUCGUAGCUCUUUGUUUAUUUGUCAUCGAAAGCAUCGAGUUCUUGAGAAGUGUGCUUCGAUCGAAGGAAAGCUUUCGUCUUUGUAAUCAACAGGGUGUGAAAGAAGAAGUAAUGGCAAAAAGCACGUUCAAGCAAGAGCAUGACCUAGAGAAGAGAAGCGCAGAGGCUGCUCGGAUCAGAGAGAAGUAUCCAGAUAGGAUUCCGGUGAUUGUUGAGAAGGCUGAGAAGAGUGAUAUACCAACCAUCGACAAGAAAAAAUACCUAGUCCCGGCUGAUUUGACAGUGGGGCAAUUCGUGUAUGUCAUUCGCAAAAGAAUCAAACUGAGUGCAGAGAAGGCUAUCUUUAUCUUUGUGGACAAUGUUCUUCCUCCAACAGGUGCGUUGAUGUCAGCUGUGUACGAAGAGAAAAAGGAGGAAGAUGGGUUCCUCUAUGUCACUUACAGCGGAGAAAACACUUUUGGAUAUUGAUCUCCAUAGAUCUCUCACGCUGGAUAUUUCAUUUCUCAUUUCGCUGUAUACAUCAUCGUCAUCUUAUUAGUUCUUUAAGCAAGCAAGCAAGCAGCCUAUGUACUUCUCUAAGAACGUUCGGUUGGGCGUUAAUGUGUACAGUAAACAUGAAAUAAUAAUGUAUAUAAAACAUGCUCUAAUAAUAUCUAUUAGUUCUUCAAAAUAA